CAGCUAGCAGAGCCGCGGUCCGGACAGCAGCGCGUGCCCCAAGCUCUCCGCCUCCCCCCCCGCCCGCCAGCUCGAGGCAUCCCGAGCUCAGUCCACGGCCCCAGCAGCAGUACCAAGAGCAGCCCCAGUAGCAGCGCCAUGGCCGGGUGGAACGCCUACAUCGACAACCUCAUGGCGGACGGGACCUGUCAGGACGCGGCCAUCGUGGGCUAUAAGGACUCGCCCUCUGUCUGGGCCGCUGUCCCUGGGAAAACGUUCGUUAAUAUCACGCCAGCUGAGGUUGGAGUUCUGGUUGGCAAAGAUCGAUCAAGUUUUUUCGUGAAUGGGCUGACACUUGGGGGCCAGAAAUGUUCUGUGAUCCGGGACUCACUGCUGCUGGAUGGGGAGUAUACCAUGGAUCUUCGCACCAAGAGCACUGGCGGAGCUCCUACCUUCAACCUCACUGUCACCAUGACUGCCAAGACGCUAGUCCUGCUGAUGGGCAAAGAAGGUGUCCACGGUGGUAUGAUCAACAAGAAAUGUUAUGAAAUGGCCUCCCACCUGCGGCGUGCUCAGUACUGACCUCGUCUGCCCCUUCCCCCUACUACUCCCCACUGCUUUUGCACCCCUCUCCUGCCCAUACACACACAUACACCAUUUUUAUUUUUUGGGCCAUUACCCCAACACCCCUUAUUGCUGCCAAAACCAUAUGGAGUGGGGGACAGGGCUGGAUGGACAGACACCUCCCCCUACCCAUACCCCCUGUGUGUGGUUGGAAAACUUUUUUGUUUUUUGGGUUUUUUUUUUCUGAAUAAAAAAGAUUCUACUAACAA